GUACCCAAAGCCUCCAUGGCUGUCCCCUUGAAGUUGAAGAAGCGCGGCAUGCCGGCACUGGGGUGGUGGCUCAUGGCUGUCGGCAGCUUGCGCUCGGCCUUCACCUGGUCGUGCUUCUUCGGCUCCGCGUCGCUCUGCUCAGCCACCUACUCCGAGAUACAGGUGACCGGCGUGCAUGGGCGCACGGUUGCGGUGUGGACGCUGCUGUCGUGCACGCUCUGCUUCCUGUGCGCCUUCAACCUCAGCAGCAAGCCGCUGUACGCGGCCACCUUCCUGUCCAUCGUCUACGCCAUCGGGCACCUGAGCGUCGAGUGCGUGGUUUAUCACACCAUCAGUGCAGCUAGUCUCGCCCCAUUCACCUUCAUCACAGGUAUAGUACAACACAUAUGCAUCAGAUCACAGGGUCGACGACAUCGCUAUGGCACUGCAGAUACUUAACCUGAUUUUCCAUAUAUAUUUCAAUGCAGUCACAACCA